GCCCCGCCAACCCUGCCCCUCCGUCAACAAGUUGCUCCCUACGCCCUUCUCACUAGCCUUCCAAACCUCGCUGCUCGAGUGAAUCCUCGAGUUUUUUCUUCUUCUUCUUCCUUAUUCCUAAAAUCACCUGACCGACUCGCAAUCAUGGCCAAGGUCGACCAGAAGACGGUCCUCAUCGUUAUCGACGGCUGGGGCGUCGCGACGGAGAAGUCGCGCAAAGAUGGCGAUGCUAUCCUCGCAGCCGACACGCCUACUAUGGACGAGUUCGCCAAGGACGGCUCCAAAACCGCACAGGGCUACACCGAACUGGAAGCCUCCUCUCUCGCCGUCGGACUUCCCGAAGGCCUGAUGGGCAACAGCGAAGUCGGCCACUUGAACAUCGGUGCAGGACGCGUCGUAUGGCAAGAUUCCGUCCGAAUUGGACAAACCAUCAAGAACGGAAAGUUGAAGGACGUGGACAAUGUCAAGAAGUCGUUCCAGCGUGCCAUUGACGGUAACGGAAGGCUGCACUUCUGCGGUCUGGUUUCCGACGGCGGUGUCCACUCCCACAUGGACCAUUUGAUUGCGCUCCUCAAGGUUGCGAAGGACCAGGGCGUCAAGGAGGCCUACAUCCACUUCUUCGGAGACGGCCGAGACACCGACCCCAAGUCCGCGGUUGGAUACAUGGAGACUUUGCUGAAGGCUACCAAGGAAAUCGGCCUCGGCGACAUCGCAACAGUCGUCGGACGAUACUACAUCAUGGACCGCGACAAGAGGUGGGACCGUGUCGAGCUUGGUAUGAAGGGUCUAGUCACUGGAGAGGGUGAGGAGAGCAGUGACCCAGUCGCAACCAUCAAGGAGCGAUACGCAAAAGACGAGAACGACGAGUUCCUCAAGCCCAUCAUUGUGGGAGGAAAGGAGCGAAGGAUACAAGACAACGACACCGUCUUCUUCUUCAACUACCGUUCCGACCGUGUUCGAGAAAUCACUCAGCUCUUGGGCGAUGUCGACCGUUCGCCCAAGCCCGACUUCCCAUACCCGCAAAACAUUCACCUCACCACCAUGACUUCAUACAACCCCAAAUACACUUUCAACGUUGCUUUCGAGCCUCAGCGCAUGACAGACGUUCUUGCCGAGACACUAGGAAAGCAGGGCGUCAAGCAGUGUCACGUUGCUGAGACUGAAAAGUAUGCCCAUGUCACCUUCUUCUUCAACGGCGGUGUCGAGAAGCAGUUCGAGAAUGAGGAGCGUGAGAUGGUUCCUUCGCCAAAGGUAGCUACUUACGACCUCGAGCCAAAGAUGAGCGCCAUGGCUGUUGCAGAGAAGCUGUGCGAGCGCAUUCAGACCGGCAAGUUUGAGUUCCUCAUGAACAACUUUGCGCCACCAGACAUGGUUGGCCACACUGGUGUUUACAAGGCAGCCAUUGAAGCAUGCACAGAGACCGACAAGGCUAUCAAGAAGGUCUACGACCAGUGCAAAGAGAGCGGAUACGUUCUGUUCGUCACCGCUGACCACGGUAACGCCGAGGAGAUGCUCACAGAGGAGGGCACUCCCAAGACUUCCCACACGACUAACAAGGUGCCUUUUGUCAUGGCCAACGCGCCCGAAGGUUGGAGCCUGAAGAAGUCUGACGGCGUACUCGGUGACGUUGCGCCUACCCUUCUUGCAACCAUGGGUCUUCAGCAGCCUGAAGACAUGGAUGGCCACAGCUUGCUCGUCAAGUCGUAGAGUUCCAUUUGCGAUAUAGACCAGAGACGACAGUUUUUGGAUGCAUCGUCCUGACGUUCUUUGCUUAGGUCCGUACAGAUCUAGACGAGAAGAGCUAUGACCUAUAGAAACUCACAUAGACGG